GGGGGUCUGGCAGCUCUCCAUACUUUGGGCAGGGCUCUGAGUCAGGACUACGCUGAUACAUGGGGACAUGCCCGUGGAGGCUCUGCAUCCCCAGACCCACCCCGGAACUAGACUGGACCAGAACACAACAUAGUCACAGCCGUGUUAACACACAACAUGGUAACGUGUCCCGCUCUGCAACUGGACCAGACCACAGCAAUCGGGGCAGCCCUAUGUCUCCGGACACAGCACCGUAACAGGAUGAGAACAUGCUGAUUCAGACAUGGCCAUAUGGCCCAGAACAUGGCAAUGCCACGGCUCACUGGAGCUGGACCAGGACACAGCACCGUGACAAAACAUGGCAAUGUAAUCUUGAGCUGGGACGGAACUAGAAAAGGGUGACCUGGCUGCAGCCACCUGACCCAUAACAUAAUGGCACAACCCCACACUGGAACUGGACUAGCCCAGACCAUGGCAACCUGGUCACAGCCACGUGACAUGGCAUCACAACCCCAUGCCAGAACUGGAUUGAAACGGUGACUCAGCCACAACCACAUGAACCUUAACAUGGCAAGGCAAUCCGGAUCCAGAAGUGGAUGGAAUAUAGCAAUCCAGUCACAUGCAACCCCCACGCUGGAAUGGGAUCGAAACACAAUGACCUGGUCACAGCCAUGCAACCCAUAGCACGGCAACGCAACCCUGUGUUAGAACUGAACCGGAACACCCCAACUCGGUCACAGCCACAUGAUCAACAACAUGGCAACACAAACCUUUGUUGGAACUGGACCAGAACAAAGUUACAUGGUUACAGCCAUAACAUGGCAACACAAUCCUGCAUUGGAACUGCACCAGAAGAUGGUGAGGCAGCCACAACUAGGGAACCCAUAAUGUGGCAACGCAGUUUUGGGACAGAGCUGGACUGGAACAUGGUGGUGCAGUCACAGCUCCACAGGAACCUGUAAAAUGGCACUGCAACCCUAAACCAAAACACAGUGACAGCCACUCAGAUGUAGCUUGUAACAUACCAACACAAUACAGCCCUGAGCUGGAACCGGACCAGAACAUGGCGACAGUCACACAGCCAGGCAGCCCUGAUGCAUAACAAGCCUAGAACAUGGUGAUUUGUGUCAUAACGUCGUGUUGGCACCUUUGAGCCAGCAUAGGCGAAGGAUGUGUCCCUGAGAAGGUGCUGAGAAGACAGUCUACUGCUGACGGCCCUGUGUCUCCAGGAAAGGGGCAGAAAUUAAAAAUGUCAAAAGUCACUACAGAGCUUCUUUUGGAAAGAGCAGUUCCAAGAUCUACUAGGCUACGAAAGAUUGAGACUCUGAACUUAUCCAAGCUGCAGUUAAAGACUGGAGACUUGGACCCCCGGUUGUUUUCCCGUCUGAGACAUCUGCAAAAUCUCGAUCUCUCUGAUAAUCUGUUGGACAAGCUACCUGCUAAUCUAAGCCUGCCAGACCUGCGUGUCCUAAACUGCAGUAACAACCAACUGGAAGAUGUGACUGUCCUGAAGCAGUUCCCACUGCUGGAGGAGCUAAACUAUGAAAACAAUGUGUACCUGACAACCAAUGAUGACUAUAAGGUCAUGUUUCUUUUACAAAAUCUUCGGCUACUCAAUGGCAAGGAUGUCACCAAAUUAGCUAAUCAUGUGAGAGUUGUCAACAGCCGAGAGCUGACCAGCAAGGUCACAGCUCACUGGGAGAGACACUUCCGGAGCCAACUCCCUGAGAAGUAUUCAGCCGAGCACGUGAAGUUCCUCAGGAGAAAGUUUCUGAAGUCUGCACAAACCCAGGUCAUAUACGGACCCAGCUCCCUUGGUGAAUUUACCCGAUGGAGGGUGAAAAUGAUUGCAGAGGAGUUGCUGGCAUCCAUGCUGGGACAGGAAGAGAACACAAAUCCUGAAACACAAGAAAGGGUGGAAGAUAAUGAGGAGGAGACUACAGAAAACGCCAGGGAGGUGGGAGAUGAUGAUAUUGCGCAGGUCACAUUAAUCCCCAGCAAGAGAAGAGGGACUCACUCAACAGCGGGAUCCGUGAGCAAAAGGCCACGGUCCCAGUGUAACACUGAGGAGGAAGUGGUGCUUAGUCCCAGAAAGUCCGGCCAUUCACAGGAUGAGCCGACUCCCGAUAGACCAAGAGCAUCGAACCAACAGACCAAGGUGGCCGAAGAGACUCACAGGAAUGGAGAACAGCCUCCGAAAGGACAAAGCCACGGAAGAUCCAGCCAGUUGACAGAGGAGCAGAAAAGCCAGGAGCAGGACAAAAGGGUUCUGACCAUAACCCCGGUCAAGAACCUAGAAGACAAGGAAGUUAUCAGUUUGGAGCCAUUGCAUUUUCUUCAGUGUCACAGUAAAGGCAACAGCCGGGAGGAUUUUAAAACGCAGCUCUGGUCCUGUGUCUUCGAGCCGCCAUUGGAUUCUGGGGCGAGGAAAGACCCUGUAGUGAGCACCUCCAGAACCAUGGCCACAUGUGGAGGGGAAUCUGUUUGUCUUAUCGACUGUGAGACCGGAAUCGUGCUGAAAAAGUAUAAAGUUCCUGCGGAGGAGUUUUUCACCGUUGCAUGGACAACUCUGACCAUGGUAACUAAUGACGGUCGGAAAAAAAAACAUAAUAUCCUGGCUGCAGCUGGGAGAAGAGGAAUUGUAAAGCUAAUUCAUGUAUCGGCUGAUUUCUGCUACGGAGAGAUUAAGGCUCACAAAAAGCCCAUUGCUACAGCCUGCUUCAGCCCAAGCUGCGAGACACACCUCUUUACUGCAUCCUAUGACAAAAGAAUUGGCCUCUGGGAUAUUGGGGUUCCGGAUUGUGACUACAACUUCAAAGCAAGCCAACUGAUGGUGCUGGAAGUUGCCUCUAUUCCAUUACGGAUUGCCCUGGUCCCAUCCUGCCCAGAUCAGUUCCUGCUGGCUGGUUGUGAAGAAGGUUGUUUUGCUUGGGAUAUUAGACUGGACAAGCCACAGAAGAGCAGGCCUUUUGAAGUGGCGUUCCAGUUUCCUAAUGAUAAAGGAGAAGCAACAGCUUCCCACAGAGUGGAUGGAUUGGCUUUUUUGAACAAGGAUGUUGUGGUUUCUAAGAGUUCUAAGACAGGGUCUAUCUACUUAUGGAGCUGGAGUCAGUCAUUUGAGGCACAGGGGAAAUCAUGUCAGAGAACACGACCUGCGCUUAUUUUAGCUGAACUGGAGUGGUCUACGACAGACCUGCCCUACCUUACCCUCAGCACCUGUCCAGCUGCAGAGUCUGUGUUCUGUGGUGAUGAGAAGGGAAGCGUGUGGAUGUACAAUCUCAGCAAGCACUCUUCAGCCUGGAGGGCCUCCAAGGGAAAACGCUCAGAGAGCAGAAUAGCUCCCACACAGAUUCUCGAGUGGCCAGAGCUGCGAGCAAAUGGGGAGCUGCUGACUGAAGUCUUAAUAAACAACGUGGUGACAGACCCUACUUUCACUUACCUGAUUGCUUUAACUGGCGUAAAUAUAGCAGCAGUAUGGAAGAAAACAUAGCUUGUUCUUUAUGGAAAAUUUCAUUCCUGUGAUGUUUUGAAAUAGUGCAGUAUUAGUGAUUGUUUCCAAGAGUAACCAUGAAGUUUUCUAAACCAGCCCUUAUCAUGCAAGAGAGAAAACGCAAAGGGACUUGGCACACAUGCUGUCAUUGACAAUGCCUAGUUUCUUUUACUGUGAGUUUUCACAAUGUGUAUUUGUUUUAUAGAAAUGAUACUUAAUAAAAUGUAAUACCUGGUAA